CACCGGGAAUGCUUCCGCCAGUACCGCCAAUGAUGAUGGGACCUCACGGUCCUAUGCCACCAAUGAUGGGAAUGCGACCUCCCAUGAUGGGUAUGAUGCCAAUGGCCCAAAUUGCACCUGGAGCUAUGGGCCCUGUUUAGUGGUUAGAAUAAUUUAUAUUCCGACAUAUUUGUUUUAUGAUUUUAAGAACAAUAUAAUAUAAAUUCAAGUACAGAUUUUACGUCUGAUCCGGUUGAGGAUGUUAUAUUUAUGCUCUAGUGUUAUAAUGUCCGGAAUCAAGUACCUGCUCAACAAAAUUUAGAAAUGCAAACGUAUGGGUCUACUUUAGAGGAGUCGCUGAAUAAAUCUCGGAUGCUCAUUUAACAUUUACAUACAUUUGGAUUGGAUUUACUGUAACUAAGUAUUCUUCCAAGUAUCGAUUGUUCGAUCUUGUGCCUUUCUCCAUUGCUAAGUAUCUUCCUUUCUUUUCCUUCAUGUUCCUCCCCCUUGUGCCCACAGUUCCAUCAUGUGUAGUAGCAAAUAGUUUUUUUUCUUCAAUGUGACCCACUCAAUUAUGCUUUCUUUGUUAGUAAUUUCCAUGAUUGAUCUAAUUUCUUCAACUCUUUAGUACUUCCUCAUUCUUCACCCUGUCUUUUCCAAUAAAAUCCUUCCAGCAUAUCCAAGUUUGCGUCCAUUAUUAUGCUUUCAUCAUAACCAUAUAGCAUUACUUUUCCCAUACUGUCGUUGGCACUUGUCGCCAUUUAUUCAUUGUCAGUUAGAGAGUGAAGGUGAAAUAUGCAACCAUGAUGAUAAACGUAUUUUUUUGUAUAUGGAAAAUAUAUUUCGAGCUACCGUGUAUAUUGUAAAUCAAAUGGUGUGGGAAAAACCCAGAAAAACCGUGGCAACACUGCAAACAUAACCUCCAAUAUUUUAUUUUCACAAGGAAAAAUAAAAAUUUGAUAAUUUAUGGCUUCGCAAUUAAGCACCAAGGAAAAACUGUUGAGUUUAAUUGAUGAUAUCGAGUUAAUCUCAAAAGAAAUGAUAGAAAAUGCAAUUGCCCCCAAACACUUGAAACUAUCCUGUUCGGAUUAUGCCCAACGCACACAGCUUUUGGUAGCAAAAGAUACAGAACUUAAAGAGACCUUAAAAUUGGCAUCGGAACAAGCGAAAAUUGACGAAAAGAUGGAUAUAUUAAAAGCAGAAGUUGAUCGACAAGAUCAGGACAUUAAUCAAUUACAAAAACAAUUAAAGGAAGCGGAACAAAUUUUAUCCACGGCGAUUUACCAAGCAAAUCAGAAGCUACAAUCGAUUCAUCGAGCGAAUAAGCGACCGGUGUCGUCGGAGGAACUCAUAAAAUUUGCACAUCGCAUUAGUGCAUCUAAUGCUGUAUGUGCCCCAUUGACAUGGCAGCAGGGAGACCCACGUAGACCUUAUCCGACAGACAUCGAAAUGAGAUUGGGGUUUUUAGGGCGGCUGAGUGAUCCAAUUAACGGUCAUUUAUUGCAGCAACAGAAUAAUAUUUCGGAGUUGCACAGGUCUGGACAUCCGGGAGACAUACCUGCCUCGCAACCGAACCAGUUUGCAUGGCAUCCGUCUGGUGAAAUUCACAUGAGUGUGGGUCAAGGUAGCGUGCAGGUGGAUACACGUAAUCAUAAGCAAGAAACGGAAGAUGUUGAGGUUAUGUCGACUGAUUCAAGUAGCAGUUCAUCGAGCGAUUCUCAGUAGUACUUAAGUUUAUUUGCUAUAUAAUUUUGAAGUACAAUAAUUAUGGAACGUUGUCGUCAUUUAUCACUUUAAAGAAAUUUUCAAUCACUUGAUCCAUCACCGGGUUACCACCGAGCUUCGCUACUUCGAGAACUGCUUCUUCACGUAGCUUGACUAAUUUUUGUCUUGUAUACUCGAAACUUCCAAAUUUUUCUAACAAUGAAACGCAGUAUUUCUUUA